AGCAUGCCACACAGCACCGAGCGCCCAAUCACGCGCCUCCGUGUGGCUCUCAAACCAAUCGGCAGCCCACAGCUGAGGUUAAAGAUUGACAAUUGCACCGAGAGCGGCAGGGAGAGAGAGCAAGGCCCUUCUGGAAAAUUCUGCACCCAUCUUUGUCUCAUCCCUUACCAGCUAUUAUAAUUGAAAGGAAAAAGAAACCAUAUAAAAAAGCCCUGCCUGAAGAACCUGUUCACUGUGCACGUAAAGAAAAAUAAGUUUAGCAGACGAGGAGGCGAAGACAGAAUCAGAUGCGAUUGAAGGAAUGGAGAUUGCCACACGAUCCAAAGUGUCUGAUCCAGGGUCAGUGGAGCGUACCGCCCCAAAGCGCAAAGCACCUAGCCCACCGCAUUCCUCCAACGGACACUCUUCUUCAGAAACGUCUCCUAGCCCUGUCAAAAAGAAGAAGAAACCGGGAGCCGUCAACAGCAGCAAAGAUCAGUCCGAACUAAGACAUGGUCCCUUUUACUAUGUGAAGCAGCCCGCACUCACCACAGACCCUGUUGAUGUUGUACCGCAGGACGGCAGGAAUGACUUCUAUUGCUGGGUGUGCCAUCGCGAGGGCCAGGUGCUCUGCUGUGAGCUCUGCCCACGCGUCUACCAUGCCAAGUGUCUCAAACUGGCUGCUGAGCCUGAAGGCGACUGGUUCUGUCCUGAGUGUGAGAAAAUAACUGUUGCAGAGUGCAUCGAGACCCAGAGCAAGGCAAUGACCAUGCUCACACUGGACCAGCUAUCUUACCUUCUCAAGUUUGCCCUCCAAAAGAUGAAACAGCCGGGUACAGAACCGUUUCAGAAGCCAGUGUGUCUUGAUCAGCAUCCUGAUUAUGCGGAGUAUAUUUUUCAUCCCAUGGAUCUCUGUACAUUAGAAAAGAAUAUCAAAAAGAAAAUGUAUGGCUCUACUGAAGCAUUUCUGGCUGAUGUGAAGUGGAUUUUACACAACUGCAUUAUUUACAAUGGAGGAAACCAUAAGCUCACCACGACAGCUAAAGUUAUCAUAAAGAUCUGUGAACAUGAAAUGAAUGAAAUUGAGGUCUGUCCCGAGUGCUAUCUUUCAGCCUGCCAGAAAAGGGACAACUGGUUUUGUGAGCCGUGCAGUAACCCUCAUCCCCUAGUGUGGGCCAAACUUAAAGGUUUUCCAUUCUGGCCUGCCAAAGCUCUGCGAGACAAAGAUGGGCAAGUAGAUGCACGAUUCUUUGGACAACAUGACAGGGCCUGGGUCCCAAUCAAUAACUGCUACCUCAUGUCUAAAGAGAUUCCUUUCUCCGUAAAGAAGACCAAAAGCAUCUUCAACAGCGCUAUGCAGGAGAUGGAGGUAUAUGUGGAGAACAUUCGGAAAAAAUUCGCCAUCUUCAAUUACGCCCCGUUCCGCACACCCUACACGCCUGACAACCAGUUCCAAAUGCUACUCGACCCAGCAAACCCCGGCGCCGGCUCAUUCAAACCUGAAAAACAGGAGAAGAUCAAGCUUAGCUUUGAUAUGACCGCAGCGCAUGUAGGCAAGGGCGUCGUGCCAGCCGGCAUGGGUGGUGGAGGGACUACCGGUAGGCGUAUCGCUAUGCCAGACAUACCACGAUCACCGAUGAGCACUAACUCUUCCGCCCAUACUGGCUCUGACGGCGAGCAGGAAGGCGGAGAAAAGAGCCAGACCAGAGCACUUCUGCAACACCACAGCACAGGAGAAGAAUCUCUCGAUAGCACAGCGUCCCCUUCUGCUCCACGAGCCGGUCCUGCAGGCAGCGCAACGGACAGCCCCAAACCGUUUCAUUGUACAGUCCCAAACACGCCCAUUAAACAGGAGAAGACCCCCACUACAGGCAGCAUCUUAAAUCUUAAUCUUGACCGUAGUAAGGCUGAGAUGGAUCUAAAGGAGCUGAGCGAGACUGUGCAGCAGCAGCAGGGAGCUCAGGCCUCACUCACGUCCCCUAAAAGACAGAUCAGGAGCCGCUUCCAGCUCAACCUUGACAAGACCAUCGAGAGCUGCAAAGCACAACUGGGUAUAGAGGAGAUAUCAGAGGAUGUGUACAAAGAUGAGGAACACAGCGACUCGGACGACUCGGACAAGUCUGACUCCAGUGACAGCGAGUACGCCAGUGACCACGAUCAAAAACCAAAGAGCACCAAGGAUUCAGCUGCUGAUGAAAAACCAGAGAAAGAACCAUCAAAAAAGAAGCCCAAACCAACAUCCCCUGCUGGCGAAGACAAGGACAGCAGCACGGAAUCAUCUGGUACAUCUAGCUCGCUGACUAAAGCUGAGAAAUUGGGAAGUGCUGUCUCUCAAGCCAAAGAAAAGCCAGUUGUUGAGAUGGACAAGGAAGCGCCCAAAGCAGCAUCGGCGUCUCCCGGUACACGAGAGAAGUCCAAGGCGACAGAGGAAGCCAGGCAGCCUGUGUCUGUCGACGUAGACAUGGAUUCAGACUCAGAGCGAGAGCUAGUGAUUGAUUUGGGAGAAGAACCAGGAGGAAGAGAGAGGAAGAGGCGCAGGAAAGACUCAGCCGCUGUCACCGCACACAAAGAGCCCGCAGCCUCCAAGACCGAGGCUAAAGGACCUCCAGCAGGAAGCCUUGCACCAUCACAAACUCCUUCAACACCCUCUUCCACUCCAGGCCUUAAAGACCCUUCUCAGUCUCCCAUGGCAGUUCCUCUAAAUGUAGUCACCAUCCCCGCCGUCCCUAGCAGCACCGCCCUCGUCUCCUCUUCCCUGCCUAACACCGCUCUACCAACAGCCCUGCCUUCCUCCACCCCCACCAGCACGGUGAAGAAACAGCGCCCCCUGCUGCCCCGCGAGAGCGUGCCGGUGGUAGAGAGAGCCGUCGUGUGGAACCCCGGGGCCAAGUUUCAGACUUCCUCUCAGAAGUGGCACAUGCAGAAGGUGCAGAGGCAGCAGCAGAGCCACACACAGCCUCACACUCAGGCACAGACAUUAUCGCAAGCACAACAGGCGUCGUCUUCACCGUCUUCCUCCAGCACUCGAUAUCAGACACGGCAGGCUGUUAAGGCCGUGCAGCAGAAAGAUUCCCCACACAGCACCUCGACCUCGGCUGUCACUCUGGUCACCAGCACCCCUGUGUCUGCAGCCAUAAUGGCAGGCGUCACAGUUAGCUCUUCCUCCUCAUCCUCUUCAUCCUCCAUGGCAGGAGAUCUACAAAUCCCCACCACCUCUGCUGACGUGGCAGCUGACAUUGCAAAAUAUACCAACAAAAUCAUGGAUGCAAUCAAGGGGACAAUGACGGAAAUAUACAACGACCUCUCCAAGAGCACUUCAGGAAACACAAUAGCAGAAAUUAGGCGGUUACGGAUCGAAAUCGAAAAGCUGCAGUGGCUCCACCAACAGGAAUUAUCAGAGAUGAAGCACAAUUUAGAGCUGACCAUGGCGGAGAUGCGGCAGAGUCUGGAGCAGGAGCGAGAACGGCUGGUCGCAGAAGUGAAGAAGCAAAUGGAGAUGGAGAAACAGCAGGCGGUCGACGAGACCAAGAAGAAGCAGUGGUGUGCCAAUUGCAAGAAAGAGGCCAUUUUCUAUUGCUGCUGGAACACAAGCUACUGUGACUACCCCUGCCAACAAGCACACUGGCCAGAACACAUGAAGUCCUGCACGCAGUCUGCAACGUCAUCACAGCAAGAGCCAGACACCGAGUCAAACACAGACGGCAUGACUAAGGUUUCUGUCCAUCCCAACAACAGUCAGGACUCGCCUCGAGAGACUGCAGGAGCUCCUCCUUCAGACAAGGACAGCGAUGUGGACAAAUCAAAGGACAGUGUCACUGUCAGUGUUUCCUAGCUCACAGCACUUACAAUUGCACAUAUGUACAAAACAUAAUCAAGUUCUGUCACUACAAACAAAAAUACUUUUCAUGUUGUUGUCUUGCCAGGAUCUGUGUUUAACACUUUGGGAGGCUGAUUUACAUUUUUGCAUCAAUAAUAGUUUCAAUAGUUCUCGGUUCUAUAAGGCAUUAAAGACACAACCAGACCUCUUUAGAGACUUUUUUUUUAUUUUUUUAUUUAUUUUUUUUUUUACUCGAUUCUUAAUUGAAGUCCAGAACAUUUUUUUCUGAUUGGCUUGUUCAUUUAUCUCCUCAAUACCAACACAAUUACUGUGAACGAUAUUUACACAAAGCAGUGGUAUUUUUGUGCUUAUUCCAUGUUUGUGGGGAAUUUGCACAAUUAUUCAAACGCUAUUUGGCUUCAGUGCUUCACUCAAAAACGAGACGCUGUUAAAUCUUUGUCUCGCCGUUUAAACGGUAAUCCUCUCACCAGCUAGAGUGAAGAUAUGAAGAUAUAAACACGUUCAUAAUCUGAAUAUAUUUGGGUAAAUAUAUGGUUUAGGUGUCAAAUGAAACUCCCUGUGGAUAUUGCUGAUAAAGACAUAAAAUUAUGAUGUUUACUGUGUAUCGGCUCAUAAUGAAGAGGCAGUCAUGUUACAUUUUUAUUGCAAGUUGCCUAUUUCUUAAAAAAAUAUAAAUAAAUAAAUAAAUAUAUAUAUAUAUAUGGGGGUUGGGUACAAAAAUGUGAGAGUUUCUUUUUAUUUUUUAAUAGUUCACAAAUUGUAAAAAUUAAUAUUUGUUUAUAUUCGUAUUUAAUUUGUCCAACUUUUUGUUUGGUAAUAUGAAACUCAGAUUACAUAAUAUUUUAUUUUCUCUACACACCACUAAAACAUUUACAAUUCAGAAGGACAAAAAAACAGUUUGAUUAGAUUGUCUAUUAACAUUAGUGUUCCCAAGUGGUGUUAUUAUGUUUUUGAUUUGAUUUUGUUGAAUCAAAGUGUAUUUAAUAUGGCAUGGUAUAAUAAUCUCAGUGGAUCAUAUGAUACCAGGCUGAUUGCUGUUAAAGAAUCACACACUUUAUUUUUAUUAUUUAAACACAUUUGCCUUCACUCGCACUUUGCCCUUUUUGGGUUCUUUUAUAUUUUUUAAUUAGAAUUUAUUAGUUGUUUUUUUUUGUUUUUUUUUUACCUAAUUAUAUCUGACCAAACUGUUUUGUUAUAUUUGUGCAUUAAAAUCAGAUUAAUAAUAAUAUUUCAUCUCAUUUCACAUUGUACAUUCAGAAUUAAGAGACAUUUCAUCACGGCUUUUCUAACCGGUUGAAUCUCACUGUUGAAUCAUUUUCACAGAUCAUUCUGUAAUAUUUCUGAUUUUAUUAUUUUAUUUUCUAUCAGGACAGUUAGGUUAAUGUUUAUAAUACCCCUGGAUGACCGACAGAAAUAGAAUGGUCCAGCAAAACUUACCAAAGCUGAGGCUGGAAGAUCAUAACUGAAAUUGGGAUGCAUUAUUACAGAUUAUUACAGUACAGUAACACCAUUACAGCAGCCUCCCUUAUAUUUACAUUGACUGUUGACUGUUCAGUACAUCCUUAGCUCUUAUAAAGAACUGUUGUAUAUAAUACAAUUAAAAAAAAUUGUUUACAUAUUGUACAGAAAUAAAAAUUUGGUGGUCUUAA